AUGCGAACGAGCAGGCCAAUGGUGGUGGCAUGUUUAAACGCCAGCCACCUGAGCCGUGCGCAAGGCGUUGAGGCCGCUGGUCUCGCGAGCCCAGCCCCGGUGCUUGCUUUUUCCCGCUCUUUGUUGGGAGCGCGACUUCGCACAAGCGACACAAAAAUAUCACCGCCCCAAUGCAAGUGCUUGGUGAGCUUGGGGGCCGUCCGCUCGCAUUUACGAGGCGAGGCGGCUUGUGUGCGUGUGCGGCGCGCGAAAGCCACUGUUGGUGCUUACACCAGGCGCCCUUGGUUCCAUCCUACGAGGAAGAAUCCUACCGCCUUACAGACCAGGGUAGAGAAGUUAGGAGGAGAAAAUAGCAUCGCCAGCCGGCCCGGAAGUCUUUCAAGACCUCCCAUCCCUGUUGUGCAACGUCAGUGGCAGGCAUGCCAUGCAUCACGGCCAAAAAGGACGCAACAACAAAGCUCGCUGUGA